GUGUAGUUCAUGUAUAAAUGCGGACGGUCCAGCUGAUGUUGGAACAGGCAGGUGAGGAUUCUGCUUCCUUUGGCGGGAUGGAGGGGUGGUGCGGUCCAGCAGUAAUGAGGAUGCCCGCUGCCGCAGUGAACCUGGCGCAUCUGGCCGCGCUGAUCCCGGCUCUCCUGCCGGCCGGCGGAUUGCCUGCGCCAUCCAGUGCCGGUUUAAGCGGUGUGUUUCGGGAGGUGCAGAGGCUGACGGAGGACCCUCCAUAUAGACUGGAAGAGCCAGCGAAACAGAUUGACAAUGUGAGCGGCAAAUCGAUACGAUACUCGCAGGACCUUCCUCCUAGUUACCGCAAUGAAAGUGUUUCUGACAGCAAAGUUGGAAAUCUUUCGAAUCACACUAUGGAGAAGUUUGACAAGGUGAUGGACAAUAGGAUAGACACUGCAAAUGGCCCCAGAAACAGCACCCAGUCCACCCCGCACAAAGACGUCAUCCACCGUGAGUGCCGGGUUGAUGAAGACUGUGGAACUGACUGCUACUGUCUCUACGAGAUGCUGCGAUCCCAAUGCCUGCCCUGCAAGACUGCACCGGCGACCUGCACCAAAGAUGAAGAGUGUUGUGGUGCCCAGCUGUGUGUGUGGGGUCGGUGUACCGAAAAUGCCACCAAGGGCACGGCAGGCAGCAUCUGUCAAUACCAGAGUAACUGCAGUGCUGAGCUCUGCUGUGCAUAUCAUGAAGGCCACCUCCUCCCCAUGUGCCUGAACCGGCUUCAGGAGCAACAGCACUGUCGUACUCACUCCAACCACUUGGUGGUGCAGUUGAAUUCGAUCUCGGUGGGAGAAGGCCCCUUGGAUCAGUGCCCCUGUGCAGCUGGCCUUUGGUGUCAGUCCCGUGGCCAAGGUUCUGUGUGCAUCCAGCACCAAAACUCCUCCAGUGAAGAAGACCUGACCGAAUCCCUCUACGCCGAGAUCGAUUACAUCAUCUGAUGCCAGUUCUGCCGAUGGGACGCACCUCUCCGUGUUUCCCACACAAAUCCUGUCAUCCUCCAUGCCACGGCUGUAAUUUCUACGCACCUUUAAGUGGUUUAUGACCUCAAUUAACUGGUUUAAUUCAUCCAACAGCAAAGCUUUUGCUCUCCAUGAAAAUAUCUUGCUCUGUAAACAAGUAAAACAGUGUGUUGCUUUAGAUAAAUCUUAAGACUAGACACAGUGUACACAGAAUGAUGUGACGUCCCUGUGGACCACACAGCUGUAUGUGCUGAAGCUUCAGCCUCUGCUCUGCGCAUCUAGUGAGCUCCUGAGUUUUAAUCGCGGCUUCUGCCCCACAACAGAACCCAACCCCCCCCAGAGCCGCAUGGCUGCUUAGCACGGUAGGUAAUUCACACUGGUAGUUGAGAUUAAUAACAUUUGCUGCUUAGCUCUGUAUAAUCUGUCAAAUAAAAGAAUCUCAGGUUCAAA